UGCCUCGUCUUUCACGGAGAUCUCCAAAGCCGGAGUAACAGCGAAACCCCGUACAGCCAUGGCAGAAAACGCCGGCUUGGAAAACCACCGCAUUAAGAGCUUUAAAAACAAGGGGCGCGAUGUCGAGACUAUGAGAAGACAUCGAAAUGAGGUGACAGUUGAGCUGAGAAAGAACAAACGAGACGAGCAUCUACUGAAGAAGAGAAACGUCCCACAGGAGGAGAGUCUGGAAGACUCUGAUGUCGACGGAGACUUCAAAGGACAAAACGUUACACUUGAUGCCAUCCUACAGAAUGCCACAAGUGAUAAUGCUGUUGUCCAGCUCAGCGCUGUACAAGCUGCCAGAAAACUCCUCUCCAGUGACAGAAAUCCCCCUAUAGAUGACUUGAUAAAGUCUGGGAUCCUGCCCAUUCUCGUCAAAUGCCUGGAGAGGGACGACAACCCCUCUCUCCAGUUUGAAGCAGCCUGGGCCCUGACCAACAUUGCCUCUGGGACAUCGGCACAGACUCAGGCUGUGGUGAAGUCCAAUGCUGUACCCUUGUUCCUUCGACUACUCCAUUCUCCCCAUCAGAACGUCUGUGAACAGGCCGUAUGGGCUUUAGGAAACAUAAUAGGUGAUGGCCCCCAGUGCAGGGAUUAUGUCAUCUCCCUUGGUGUGGUCAAGCCCCUGCUCUCCUUUAUCAAUCCCUCCAUUCCCAUCACCUUCCUUCGCAACGUCACCUGGGUCAUCGUCAACCUCUGCCGUAACAAGGACCCACCACCACCCAUGGAGACUGUACAAGAGAUUUUGCCUGCCCUCUGUGUACUAAUAUACCACACUGAUAUAAAUAUUCUAGUGGACACAGUCUGGGCUUUAUCCUAUCUGACGGAUGGCGGAAACGAUCAGAUCCAGAUGGUUAUUGAUUCUGGUGUCGUCCAAUUCCUUGUUCCUCUCCUCAGCCACCAGGAGGUCAAAGUUCAGACCGCUGCUCUGAGGGCAGUUGGAAACAUUGUGACAGGGACAGAUGAACAGACGCAGGUUGUGCUCAACUGUGAUGUCCUUUCACAUUUCCCUAACCUGCUCACACACCCCAAGGAAAAGAUUAACAAGGAGGCUGUCUGGUUCCUGUCCAACAUUACAGCUGGUAACCAGCAGCAGGUCCAAGCUGUGAUUGAUGCUGGACUAAUCCCCAUGAUCAUCCACCAACUGGCCAAGGGCGACUUUGGCACCCAGAAGGAGGCGGCGUGGGCCAUCAGCAAUCUCACCAUCAGUGGGAGGAAAGACCAGGUGGAGAGCCUAGUGGAGCAGAAUGUGAUCCCUCCGUUCUGUAACCUGCUGUCAGUGAAGGACUCCCAAGUGGUUCAGGUGGUUCUGGACGGCCUGAAGAACGUCCUCAUCAUGGCUGGAGAAGAAGCCAGCACCAUCACUGAGAUCAUAGAGGAAUGUGGAGGUCUGGAGAAGAUUGAAAACCUGCAGCAGCAUGAGAAUGAAGAUAUCUACAAACUCGCUUAUGAGAUUAUUGACCAAUACUUUUCAGGGGAUGACAUCGAUGAAGAUCCAAGCUUGAUCCCUGAAGCCACUCAAGGGGGGACCUUCAACUUUGAUCCAGCUUCCAACAUGCAAACCAAGGAGUUCAAUUUCUAAUAGCCAGGAUUUCCUUGUUUCCAGCUGCACGGGUACUCCGUGAUCACCCCAGACACUCAUCCAUCUCUCCUCCAACCUGGCAACCUGGUACCGAAGGAUUUCCUUAGCAUCAUUUCAACAUGGAAACUCACUAUUGAAGGAUUUGCCCCUCCCAUCUCUGAAAUUUGAGGAGUUCUGGGUUUUUUGGUUUGUUUGUUUUUUUCUUCCUCAUUUGAAAUGGCCAUCCUUCACAAAAGAUGGCGACCCUACAAAGGAGUCGUGGUCAUUUGUCCAACGUCAUUGCAGUCCUCCUGACCUGCAAAAGGAGGACAGCCGGCAUUCUUUGCCAGUUCUUCUAAAUAUCACUCAAAGUUAAAAACCUGGAAGGAAAGAAAGCCUUCGUGGCAAAUUUUGAAUUGCCAAAAGGGUCACUUUUCACAUCGACAAAAAGCAAGCACAUUUCCAGAACAUGACGUGCACACAUACACACACACGUACAUUUCACGAACACUUUGGCACCUAGAGUUUGUGUGCAUACUUCUGUUAGAAGCCAUCAUAUCACGGGGACGUAACACUGCUGUUUGUGGUUUAUUUUCUGUGCUUUCCCUCCCCCAGGAUGUCCUCUGGUGUUAAGUCACCCACACGUGCACGCACAUACACACAUUAAUACACACUCACAAACACUUUGUCACGUAGAUACCUGAUGGCCUGGCACCCCAGUAACCCUCUCACACCCAGUUUAAAGAGUUAAUCCCAGAGCUAAGCCAUGAAUUACCACGGUCGCCCACCGCCCUCCCAGGAGGAUCAUGGGAUUGGUGGCGGGGUGAAAGGGCUCUACGGCAAAGAGAGGAAUCCGUGGCAGACUGACUGAAAGGACCUCUGACUCAAAGGCGUCACUAUUUCAUGUGAACUCUCGUCAAAUUAUCAUGCGGAAUGAUGUUUGUGUUUCAAAAAGGAAAAUCACCUAAAUGUGAAGAAAAAAAUGCCAUUUUGUUUUUCAACACGUACAACUGAUUUUUUGUUUUGUUUUGUUUUUUGCUACCGUAAUUUACAGAGUAAAAAUUCUGUUUGACGGAUGUGACAACCUGUGAUGGGAGGAAGCACAUCUGGGUGGCAGCACAGAGACUUUAGCGGAAUAUGUCAGAAGAAGCCUCACCCCAUCCCCCCCAACCCCCACCCACUCCACAGGACUUCUUCUUUUGCAGUGCAAGCUUGGUCACUUCCUGUAGGAGGGGAUCUUGUGCUUGGAACUCUCCUGUAAUGUGAAACACAGCUGAAAGGGGAGUCAAAUAUAUAUAUAAAAAAGAAAGUUGAGCUAAAACCCACCUGAAUCAUUGAUCUUGGAAGAUGUUAUCGUUUUGUUUUCGAUUAAGUAUUUUUCCCUUUGAAAUAUAUAUAUUUUAUAUUUGACGACCUGAGUUUUAGCUUCCUCUUGAUGGAGGCUGUGGAGCUUCCGUGUUUUCGGUUUUCUCUUUAAACCUUUCCCUCAGUCUUAUGCACGUGUCCGGGAGGUAAACUGGUGCUCUCUGCCUGCAGAAAGGGACCGAUACUCACUGAAGCCGGGGGAGCGCAGGUCCUCUGAACUCUACAGUACCUUGCUACUUUUGAUGCAGAGGUCACACGUCAACACCAAUCUGAUAAAAUUGUACAAAAACAAACAAAUGUGAUGUGUAUCUCUCUUUGCCGUCUCUUGAAUAUAUAUGAAUAUAUUUACAUAAAGCCUGUAUAAAGCUGCUGCAGCUGACUGUCAUUGGAUGGACUCUGCAGAACGAAAACCUUGAUGUCAGAUGGUUGGGUAGGGGUGGUUUUAGUUGUUUAAAGCAAUAUUUCUUUGUCUUAUCGUUUGUUUGUUUUUUAUGCAUAAGACUUGUGAUAUGUCAGAUUGGAUCAGGCUUCUUCAUUUUGUUUUUUUGUUUUUUUCUUCUCCUAGCUGUGGUGACGGGCUCUUUUAAAUGUACCGUCCCAGGUCCCAGUUGGUCUCUGGGGUUUGGGCUGGAGGUGUAAAACUCUGACCCAAGCCCCCGUCUUGAAGACUUUAUGAUCCUCUGUUUGGCUGCUAACUACUGA